UUUUUAUUAUUAUUAUAUUUAUGAAGUCUGCUUUUAUCGGAUUGCUACUGACAGCAGCUGGAAGUUUAUCAACCGCUUGUGGAUGGGCCCUUCAGAAGCAAGGGUAUAACAUCGUUCAGAGGUCAGAAACAGCCGUUAUGAAGAACCUCCACUGGUGGAUUGGAUUUAUUCUCAUUGCAAUAACUCAGCCGCUCUAUCUCGUCGGUAUUUCGAUGGUGAAUCAGUCUACAAUUGGUGUAGUUGGGCCAAUUUCCAUUAUUGCAAAUCUCCUUCUUGCAAAAUUUUAUCUAAAAGAAAACAUCAGAAAAUGGGAAGUAAUAGGAGUUCUCCUCUUCAUUCCUGGCUGAAUCAUCACUCUUCUGUCAGCCUCCAUGAAGAACCAGAGGUAUACCCAACAGGAAUUCAACAAGGUUUUCUUUUCUUCUACUUCGAUGGGUUAUCUGGUCUCGAACAUUUUCUGUAUCUUGAUUGGCUUACUUCUGUCAUACUUCAUCCUUGCCGCUCAAGAGAAAUGUGAAAUGGAAGAGGAUCAUGAAGCUGAGGACUCAGAUACAUCUGAAGACUCUCUUCUUAAUCAAACAAGUGCCUCUCUCAUGGCUGAGAAAGGGACUGUCACUUGAAGGAAAUCUACAGAUUUACCAGAUGAUAUCUUAAUCUUACCAUCUAGUACUGAGAGCAAAGGGAAUGAUACUAGUUUCUUCAGCAGUCCAGGCUGGAAGAUACUUCCGAUGAUCUGAUUCCCAUACUCUGCAUGAUUCAGCACUAGCUUGACAAUGACACUUUCAAGAUCUUUAAGUGGGUUCGCAUUAACAGAUGGUUCUGGAGGUUUCACCAACAUCGAGCCAUACAUCUACAUGGGAUGUAUAGGAGCUUGUGCAAUUUUCUCCUACUACCUCCUGAACAAGGCUCUGAAAUAUUUUGAUACAAUGUACGUAGUGCCUUUGUUCAGAGCAUUUGAUCUAUACCAUAACAUCCUAAGCGGAGGAGUCUUCCUUAGAGAAUUCGGCCAGUAUUCACCCAAACAGUUAGGUGUGUUUAUCCUUGGAGUAACUAUCUGAAUAAUUUCUAUUCUCCUUCUUUUAUGAGGUGAGAAAGGUAACAAACCAAAGGCCACCACUAAGUAAAAUUUCAAAGAUUUUUCACCGAAUAUGCUAACUAGGAAGUU